AUGAAGAACACGAUCCUUGCCAUCAGAGCUACACUGCUGGUUGCAGAGGCAAGGGUCAACAAUAACAAUCAAGUCAGCCUUUGGCUGAAGAGAUUGAAAGAUGUCCUCUAUGAUGCAGAUGACCUGCUUGAUGAUUUGUCCACUAAAGCUUUGAGGAGGGGAAUCAUGACAAGAAACAAGGUGGCAAAGAAGGUACGGAUCUUCUGCUCAAAAUCAAACCAAGUUGUUUAUAACUUUAAGAUGGCUCAUAAAUUGAGGGAACUCAGGGGAAGGCUAGGUGAAAUUGAUAAUGACAAGAAACAAUUUGAUUUCUUUGACGACCCUCCUAAGCCUUUACCUGUACUUGAGGAACGAAAGCAAACAUAUUCUUUUGUGCUAGAAGAUGAAAUUAUUGGGAGAGAGGAGGAGAAAAAUAAGAUUUUACGUUAUUUAUUAGACAAUAAUGUGAAAUCUACUGUUUCAAUUAUUCCCAUUGUUGGAUUUGGAGGGCUGGGCAAGACUACACUUGCUCAGCUUGUGUACAAUCAUGUGGAUGUUCAAAAACAUUUUGGGUUGCGAAGGUGGGUAUGUGUGUUUGAUGAAUUUGAUGUUAGACGAAUAGCUCUAAAGAUUUUAGAGCAAAAAAGUUGAAAAGAGAUG